AGCUUGACUUCCGGCAGGGCGGGGGGCCGUCCGCGGGGCGCGGCAGUCGGCGUCGGGGUCCGGGUCCGGCCGCCCCUAUGGCGGAGGCUCCGUCGAGCCCCGCGCCCGCGCCCCCGCCGGCCUGCCCCUUCUUCCUGCAGGGCCGCUGCCGCUUCGGCGCCCGCUGCCGCCAGCCGCACCCGGGGGCCGCCCAGCCCGAGCGGCCGCGCCGCGGGGCCCAGGCCGAGGCCGGCGCCAAGAAGCCGCCGCUGCGCACGGCCGCCGCCGUCAUCCAGCGCAUCCGCUGGGACCCGCGCCUCGACGCGGCCGACUUCUCGGUGGGCUACGCCGACCGCUUCCUGGGCGUGCGCGAGGAGCCCUUCUCCGCCUUCUGCUGGGACGAGCCGCUGGCGGCGCUCGGGCCGGGGGUCCUGGCCGUGCCGCAGCACCGCGUGCGCUACUUCCGCUUCCGCGGCCGCCUCGUCUGGGACCGCGCCUCGCGCACCGACCGCGUCUUCGGCUCGGGCUCGGCUGCCGGCCGCGGGCCCACCAUCCUGGACGCGCUGGACGGCGACGGCGGCGACGGGCCCGCCCUUCUGGGCGCGCUGGGAGAUAGCGACGACGAGGACGACGGACCCACCGGCCGAGACGCGCCCAGGGCUGUGGCCCCUGAGGCAACGUUGGCGCGAGAUGGUGCGGGUGCGGGGGCACGUGGAGAACCGGCCUGCACUGGUCCCGGAGAAGCCAGUCCAGAAAAGGCAUUGACCACCUUUGGGGUAGCGAAUGCCGCGAGGGCAGAGCCGGCGGGGGGAACCCGAAGCCAGGAUUUGAAGUUGGUAGCGCCUGAGACAGAGGCCAGCGCCCACGCGGCCCAGGAGUCAGACUUGGGUAAAAGUACCAAGCGAGGGCACACAGCACUGGAACGGAAACAGAAGUUAACAGAAGCAUCUAGAACCACGGAGCAGGCAGUUGGCAAGGCACAGGCCUCCAACGACCCAGAGCAGCUCCCAGGAGCCUUCGUUGAGAGAGGACAGCCCACCGGGAAACCAGCAGAGUGGGGACUGGGGGCCUGGCCGUCUGCAGACGAAGAGGUGGCAGUCACAGCCGGGGCCCCUCGCCAACCCCGCCCCACACAUUUUGUGGCUCUCAUGGUGACAGAACCUGGGCUGCAAGCAGAGGUGGCCAAGGUCCAGGAACGCCUGGCAGAAGCGGCCCCGCCCUGUGCUGCCUUCAUGGUGCCGACCCACGCCCUGCAUGUGACGCUGGCCCUGCUGCGGCUGGCCGGCACUGGCCAGGAGGCAGCAGCUGCAGCGGCCCUGAGACACGUGCUGUCAGACCCAGGGCUUCCAGCACCCCCAAAGCUGAGCUUUAGGGACCUGGUGCUCCUGAAUCACCAUGUGCUUUGUGCUCCACCUUCCCCUACAUUGGACAGCUUGGUACAGGUGCUGAACCAGAGGCUGGAGGCCAAAGGGCUGAGUGUGCUACAGCCUCCCGGGGGUCUGCACCCCCACCUCACCCUAGCAAAGGUGCCCCAUGGCUCCCCAGUCUGCCUCCCUGAGCCUGAGCUCAGUCUGCACCGGGAGCUAGGGAGCCAGCCUGUGGGGCAGCUCUGGCUGUGCAGGCUGGGGAGAGCAGGCAGGGCAGGGGGCGCCUACCAGCCCGUGGCUGAGAUCCCCUUGGAGAGGACUCCUGGACCCACUCUGGCAGAGGCAAAUGGGACUUCAACCCCAAAAGAGAUCAGCAGCCAGGGCCCAAACCACCAAAGGAUGAGAUAGGGUCCAAGCAGGAAGGACAAAAGCUCUCUCUCCUUUUUAAUUUUGGUUUCUCUCAAGCUUCCAAAUGGUGCUCAGUGCUCCAAGGAAAGAAUGAAGGAAGAAAAGGGGAAGGGGAGAGGAGGGGAAGGGAAGGCAGAGGAGGAACAUCUGGAAAAAAAGCAGCCUGACAGUCCAGCUGUUUGCAAACUCAUUGCACAUCAUCCAGUUACAUGGCAGAAGAGGGAGGGACCGAAAAGAAAAGGGGGAGGAAGAAGAAAAAAUAACUUAAAUAAACACACACACAAAGAAAAGAAGGAAAAAUGACGUGAGCUGGUGAUCCAUGAAGGC